AUGGAUGUAGAUGCUUGGGUGUGGGCAUCUCCUCACCCUAACCCCGACAAACAACUAGAAAAGGAAUUAAUCGAAAACGAAAUUUUAAAAGAAAAACAUCGAAAAUUUGAAGAUCGUACAUGUAGAAAUAAUCUACGAAUAGAUGGAUUAUACGAAGACGAAAAAGAAACCUGGGGACAAACAGAAGAAAAAGUCCACUUAUUUUUCAAACAAAAACUUGGUGUUGAAGACAUUGAAAUUGAGCGUGCCCAUCGCACUGGUCAAAAGAAAAAUGGAAAACCUCGGACAAUAGUCCUCAACCUUCAACGAUAUAAAGAUAAAGUAAAAAUACUGAAAGAACUACAUCGAAUAAAAGGAACAAACAUUUUCGUUAACGAAGACUUUUCACUCGAAACCGUUGCCAUCAGGAAAAAAUUGUUUAUUGACGUAAAACAAAGACGUUUAAACGGAGAGACGUUUAAACGUUAA